UUGGUAAACAAAAGUAUUUACUAAGGAAAGAGAAAUUUUUUAUCCUUUCAAUACGAAAUAACGACUGAAAAAUGAUUUGAAUUAACUAGUACUCGGCUAAAAAAGAACCAAUCGACUGCAACAAUUCUUGCAAUGAUUCCUCAACGUAAUCUUAUUUCGCUCAUGUAAGCCAAUGAUAUAUUCUGUUCAAGUUCGCGAUGAGAUUCGAUCGCUCCUCAAUAAGUUAUUAAAGAAUUGACCUUUUUCCCUCAAUACAAGUUACUUGCGAAUCGGGGUACGCUCAGUUCACGAUUGCGUUCUGAUCGUGCUCGACCAAGCGGUUAAUGCGGAUAAUAAUGAAUCGGCGAAAAUAAUGAACUUAUAUAUCAUUGAACGAUGUCCUUCCUUAUAAAUCAACCGUCCGAUGUGUCGAACAUCAAUACAAUCUGUCGAUGAACAUGAUUUCCUUCCUUCUUCUCGCGUGGAUCCUAAAUUCGGGUGACGCUUUUAAUGACUUUCCAUCGCUGAUAACUGCCAAUGCCUCGAUGGCGAUCGUUAUCGACAAAAGUUUCUUUGAUAAUAAAAUUGAGUAUCGCGAUACCGUAAGAAACAUUGUCGACUUCAUCACGAAUGUCACAAACGAAGAGGCGCAUAUGAGUGAUAUUAAUAUGCACAUUUUUCGCGACACAAACGUAAAUAAUCUUCGAGAUUACACAGUGCUUUUAUCGGUGGCAACGUGCUAUCAAACGUGGAGUCUGCAUGAUGUAGCGCGUAAGGAAGAGCUCGUGCAUUUAGCCAUAACAAAUCAAGAUUGUCCACGGUUUUCGGACUCCGAAGGCGUGAUCAUUCCUUUGAUACCAAUGGGUGACGAAUUAUCUCAGAUUUUUUUCGAUAUAAGAACAGCGGACGCGUUGUUCUGGAACAGUGUCAACAUAUUACACGAUGACACAUUCGAUAAAAACACAAUCAGCAGAGUCACAAAAGCUAUAUCGACAGCAUUACCGAACAAGAAAUUUAACUUGGUCUCCCGGUCGUUGUUCGUUUUUAAGCAUGCUAAUUCCGAUCGCAGCAGAAGAUACUAUAUAAAAGACAUGCUUGAGACUUUUCAUGUGGAACAAUUGGGAAAAUGUUUUCUCAUAAUCGUCACGAUAGACGCAGCGGCUGAUGUUAUGGAAGUUGCAAAGACAUUGGAUAUGGUUCAGCCUGACAGCCAGUGGUUGUACAUCAUCACUGACAGCGUAAUACGAAAUUCUACGAAUAUCACCACUUUCAUCGACUUAUUGACGGAAGGCAGUAAUGUGGCUUUCAUUUAUAACGCAACGGACAGCGACGCAUAUUGCAAUGUCACUUUAAUGUGUCAUGUCCAGGAAUUAAUUGCGGCUUUGUCAAAUGCUUUGAAAUUAUCAUUGAUGACCGAAAUGGAGUUGUAUAAUCGCAUGAGCGAGGAGGAGUUCGAACUUAUUCGCUUAAACAAGAACGAACGACGUCAAGAAAUUUUGAAAAAUAUCAAAAUAAAACUUGUCGAGGACACUUUUGCAACUGGCGGCACUUGCGGUAAAUGCUUAUUUUGGCGAUUUGCCUCGGCCAUAACAUGGGGCAAUUUUUUCAUUCAUGGAAAAACUAGCGCGCAUCUGAUAAAUUCGGGAACGUGGAUUCCCACUCUCGGUGUGAAUUUGACGGAUGCCAUUUUUCCGCACAUUGUGCACGGAUUUCGAGGGAUUAACUUGCCGAUUGCUACGUAUCACAAUCCACCGUGGCAAACCAUCUCGUUGACCAAUACCGGUGAGAAAGAAUACGGCGGAUUGGUUUUCGACGUUAUAAGAUAUUUGGGAAAGAAAUUGAACUUUACGUACACGGUGCACAGCCCGCGGAGCAAUCGGACUGUUAAGUUUAUUCGCAAUGAAAGUGAUAUCGAAGUGGUGUUAACAUCAACAACGAGAAAAAUACCACCAGAAAUAGUAGAUAUGGUUGCUGAGAAGAAGGUUCUUCUUGCAGCCUGCGCGUACACCGUGAACGAUCGCGGAAGAGGAAAGAUCAAUUUCACUCUACCAAUCUUCAUGCAGACAUAUAGUUUCUUGACCGCGAAGCCGGGUCAACUUUCCAGAGCGUUGCUGUUCACCGCGCCCUUCACUAAAGAGACGUGGGCCUGCUUGGCAGCAUCAAUUAUUAUAAUGGGCCCGAUCUUGUACCUGAUUCACAAGUACAGUCCAAGCAGUACGAGAACAUCGGGACUUAACUCCCCCUGGCAAUGCAUAUGGUACGUCUACGGGGCUCUUCUUCAACAAGGUGGAAUGUACUUACCCCAUUCCGAUAGCGCCCGCUUGCUCGUCGGCGUUUGGUGGUUGGUCGUGAUGGUUUUGGUAGCAACCUAUUCCGGAAGUUUGGUCGCGUUUCUGACAUUCCCGAAUAUGGACACUGCCAUCUUGACUGUGGACGAUCUUAUCGCUCACAAAAGCCAAUUAACUUGGGGCUUCCCUAACGGCAGUUUUCUCGAGGAGUAUCUGAAAAAUGCCGAAGAGGAGAAAUACCAUAUUUUGCUGGAGCGAUCUAUAAUUCAUAACACGACGCAAGAGGCGGAAGUGAUCAAGAAAGUAAAGGCGGGGAAACACGUGCUAAUCGAUUGGCGAAGCACAUUAAUGUUUGCGAUGAGAAGCGAUCUGUUAUUAACUGAUGGGUGCUCCUUUUCUUUAAGCACGGAUGAAUUUAUGGACGAGCCCAUAGCGAUGAUUAUAGCGCAGGAUAGCCCUUAUGUAAAGAUUAUCAACACAGAGUUGCAUCGCAUGCACGAGUCUGGAUUAAUGAACAAGUGGAUAGGAGAGCAAAUACCGAUGAAAGACAAAUGCUCGGAUAGUUCCACCAAUCAAGGCGUAGAGGAACGCAAAGUAAACGUAACGGAUAUGCAAGGCAUAUUCUUUGUGCUUUUCAUGGGCGUGGCUGGAUCAAUAUUACUUUUGUGCUGCGAGUUUUACUGUCACUGGCGCAAAGUAUCGAAGCGACGCAGGUUACAGCCUUUUCUUUCUUGAGAUUCAUCGUGAAGAUGGAUUUGAACGCUUUUACUUCCCGUGAAAUAGCUUCGACGCUGUAGAAUUUCUGCAUGCUAUCAGAUUUUAUUACCGUUUAUCGUCCAGAGUUAAUUACAGAGAUUAUUCUGCCGAGAAUGUAGCGAUUUUUUCAGCAGAAUGUAACAGUCAUUUAAUUAUAAAAUGUACCAAUGCAA